CAAUAUUAGAUGAUGAAACAGCAAAGUCAUAUUUCUGGUUACUUGAAGUUCUAAUUAAAGCUACUGAAGAACUUUAUUCAAAUACUAUUUUAACAGAUACUAAUUCUGCUAUGACUUUUGCUAUCUCUAAUAUUUUACUUUGA